AUGCCUCCGUUUCUCAACUUCCUGGGACGAAAGCCCGGUACCAACAGCGGGGAAGCCGACCUUCACUCCGAUACUCGAUUUUCUGAAGACAGCCACCGCUCGACCCCGUUGAGCAUCAGAAAAAGUCAAGAAACUGAGCCUCCCGAGUACAAACUCAGCGUUGUCGAUUGCAACGGCGCUUAUCUUCCGCCAUCACCACCAGAGAAAGAGAGCUUCUGGCGCAAGUCUGGAAUGUCACGGUCGUCGAACCACCGCAGUCUAGUCGAUGACAAUGAGCCGUUCUCAAUAUCGCGCGAGUCCUUCGACUCCUACCGUCGCUCUUUCGAUAUCUCCGCGCGGUCGCCCGUAACCUACCCAGACGCCAUGCCCUCGCGCACCUCCCUCGACUCGCGCUUCUCCCGCAUAACCUCCUCGUCGGGACAGAAGUUAGGCGACCGACCAACACCCGAGUCAAUGGAGGAGGACAAUUUCGAGGACGUCGGCCUCAACGACGAUGAUGACGCAAAGCCCAAGAAGAAGGGCAUUUUCUCCCGCUUCGGCGACUUUUCGAACGACGCUGGAGGAACCAAGCAAUCAUCACAUCUCGGAUUUCAUCUCCCUGGCCGGAAAAAGGCCACUCAAGUGCCACCCAGCUCGGAGAUGCGCCCGAUGAAAAAUGCGGUCGCUUCCGAGGUGUCAGAAGUGCGUGAGGCGUGA